UCUUCGACCUUGGAGGCAUUGUGAAUUUAUAUCUCUCCUUGGAAAAGAAAACAAUUAGGGUUUGAAACAGCGACAAUUGCAGAUCCUUAGCUUCCUUUGCUUAUUCUUCACGGUUAACUUCGAUUUCUCUUCAGCUCUCUCUCCCCUUCGAAGCGGAAGCGGAUCCAAAAUCCUGGAAGCGAAAAUGGAGUUCUUGUCGACUGUCGCGGAGCUCGGGCUCUCGUUCGCUUUGCUCAUCUUGUUGGGAUUUCUCUCCGCCAUCGUCUUCGAAGCCUGGAGAAGAAGAGACAGUAACGUUAACGCCGAAACCCCGGUCGCAUUCGAGGAUCCAAAGUCGUUGAAACAGGUUCCUUGCCCUCAUAUUUCUGAUCCCGCCGAAAAGUAUUUGUCCUUGAUAGUUCCCGCAUUUAAUGAAGAGCAAAGACUUCCUGCAGCUCUUGAAGAAACAAUGAAUUACCUGCAAGAUCGUGCCGCAAGGGACAAGAGUUUUUCUUAUGAGGUGUUGAUUGUUGAUGAUGGAAGUGUUGACGGAACAAAAAGAGUAGCUUUUGAUUUUGUGAGGAAGCACUCAGUUGACAAUAUAAGGGUUAUACCCCUUGGAAAAAAUCAAGGAAAAGGAGAAGCUAUAAGAAAAGGAAUGCUGCAUUCGCGUGGUGAAUUACUUCUGAUGCUGGAUGCUGAUGGAGCUACCAAAAUAACAGACCUUGAAAAACUUGAAAACCAGAUCCAUGCAGUAGCCAGAAAAGAAAAUUCCGUGGGAGACUCAGCCUCCAAGGAUAUCGAUUUUAGGAUAAGUGAUAUCCCAGUGUCUGCAUUUGGCUCUCGUGCUCAUCUUGAGGAGAAAGCUCUCGCCACAAGGAAAUGGUACCGGAACUUUUUGAUGAAGGGUUUCCAUCUUGUGGUUCUGUUGGCUGCUGGUCCUGGAAUUCGGGAUACACAGUGCGGUUUCAAGAUGUUUACUAGGGCUGCUGCCAGGAAACUUUUCACAAACAUUCGUCUCAAAAGGUGGUGUUUUGAUGUUGAGCUGGUGUUCUUGUGCAAGCGUUUCAACAUCUCAGUGAUCGAGGUCUCUGUAAACUGGUCUGAAAUUCCCGGGUCGAAAGUGAAUCUGUUGAGCAUUCCCAACAUGCUGUGGGAGCUCGGAUUGAUGUCCGCAGGAUACAGAACCGGCAUAUGGAAGAUCCAUGCCUGAGACACCAUACUAUGUUUAGACAGCUCAUAUCCCAAAGUAGAGCCAACCGUGUUGUUGUUGGGGGGAGAAUAAUAAAACAGAUGAAAUGUCAGAUGCUGGGUUUUAGCAGUCAUAGGUUAUAUUAGAUACGUAUCUUGUUUGGAUUUCCUGAUGAUUUUAUUGGUUAGAAGCUGCUGAUGAUGUCUUUCUCAAGCGUUUAUCAGUUCGGGUUGGGAUAUUUGACAUGGCUUUUACAAGUACA